UCCUGUCAGACACCGCGAGUCUCUUCCGCCUAGGCGGGGGAGAGAACAGGUUGAAUAUUAAGACAAAAGCUUGCGUUUUUCUUUCGAGUGGGUCUAUGAAAGAAUAUAAGGUCGAGGGGGGGGAAAAAACGAGGAGCCGCUACACUUGCGUGUGAAAAUGGAGCUUCCCGCCGCAGGAGAGCAGGUCUUCGCGGUGGAGAGCAUCGAGAAGAAGCGCAGCCGGAAGGGCAAGCUUGAGUAUUUGGUCAAGUGGCGUGGAUGGUCCCCAAAGUACAACACAUGGGAACCAGAGGAGAACAUUCUGGACCCCAGACUGCUAGAUGCUUUUGAAGACAGAGAACGCCAAGAGCAGCUGAUCGGAUAUCGCAAGAGAGGACCGAAGCCCAAGCACCUGUUGGUUCAGGUUCCUUCUUUUGCACGGAGAUCUAGUAUUCUUGCUGACCUCAAUGAGUCGUCUCUGGAUGAAGACCGCUCUGUUCCAAUGUUGCAUCUGCAGAGCCAGCUGAACAGCAACAAGCACCACCACUACCAGCCAGUCGUGAAAUCACGCGAGUCUGCAUUUGCUAAGCCCAGAGAAAUCAACACACCAAAGUUUUCCAACAAGGGGUACAACCUCCCCCCUGUGCUGCAGCAAAAAUGGUUUAGGGACAAAACCUCAGGUGUCUUGACCAAGGUAAAGGACAUAACAAUGGAGCUGAAGAAGCUCCCGGCAGACCUCAAAGGUCACGACGAACCAGAGAAGGCAAAGCCCGAGGAGCAUAAUGUUGUGAGUGCUCGGAAAUUAAAAAUUGUAAAAAACAAAAACAAGAACGGACGGAUCGUUAUCGUCAUGAGCAAAUACAUGGAAAGUGGAAUGCAAGCGGCCAAGGUUAAAAACUGUGACUCCCAACCUGAGGAGAAGCAGUUGCAAGGAACUGCCAACACAGAACAUCACCUACAGAAGAUGAAGCUUGUCAAACAUCUUGACCUCAUUAAUGGAUUUGCAAAAAAAAACAAAGCUGUCUCUGUCUUGGAAUUUACGGGAGAUUGCUCAAAGAAAAAGUCUCCCAAAACUGAGCUUUUUGCGGGGGGAAAGGAUAAACAUAGUGAGGUCAGAGGUCCGACGGAUCAGCCUUUACAAUUGACAACCGAGCCUAAUCCGGUUUCUUUGCCUCCGGACACUGGAGUUACCGCCUUCACGGACAGAAAAGGAACUCCGAACAAAUUUCAAGGAUUAAAACGACACUUUUCGGACACGGACAGCGAGGGGCGUAGAGAUAACAAGAGGUUUGCGGUCUCUCCCCACGCAGUCUCUUCACGCACCCAAAGUCUUGGUGCUGACCAAAACGACCACCAGGUUCCUCCUGCAGUGCAGUGUUGUGAAUACGCUGCUCAAGAACACCCUAUUGACUUGAGCAUUGUCAAGUCCAAGCCUGAUGUGUUCGUGGCGACAGACAGGCAAGAGGAAGAACAAAGUGAAAGUGAAACCAUUGCCAAUGUAGACGCUAUUCAUUCAUCAACUGUCGGUGACCAGGUAACGAGAAAGGAGGAGACAUUUCCUUCUUUCCAGCCUUUCCAUGGGAAUAUCCUCAUCACAGACAUUACCACAAACUGUCUCACAGUUACCUUUAAGGAGUACAUUACAGCAUAACUGUAUCAGGACAUGAAUGUUUUUUUUUGUUUUUUUUUUAAAAAAGGUACAUAUUUGCCCCUUAAAGCCACACACAAAACUCUGGCCAUGGUGAAGACUUUCAAAAACUGUCUGACCUUAGCAUUUGUGUAUGAACUAUUUUUGGCUUGUGUCAGUAGAAAUUUACAUUAAUAUCUAUUAGUAUUUAAACCUCAACAAGUAAUUAAGCUAUUGACUUACUGCUGCUGACUUCACUUCUCACAGUAGUAGAUGUGCACAACGUCUAACACACCCGUCUAACACAAAAUUCAAAUGACAAUGAUUAGAAAAAUGAUGUACACGGCAUCGUUUAUUCUAUAUGAAUUCUGAAAGAGGCGUCCCAACUAGGGAUGCUGCCGAUACAUAUCAACACAAUAUUUAAAACCACUGAGGUUCCUUAUCCGCUUUAUUACAUACAAUUGUUUGAGGAAUGAUAAUAACCGGUACACAAUAACAUAACAGAAGCAAAAACUAUCGUCUACUCAUUUAAAUCCUUAGUUUUUACUCUUAUGUCAAGGACUUACUGGUAGUUUAACAUUAACAAAAACAAAAAUAAAUAUAAUUUUGAGAAAAUUAAAAAAUAUCGGUAUAAUCACUAUUGUAUCGAUCAUAUACUGGUACUGCUCUUGAGCACAACAGUUUCUGGAAUAUUAUUCUCUCUCUAGACCAGUGGUUCUUAACCUUGUUGGAGGUACCGAACCCCACCAGUUUCAUAUGCGCAUUCACCGAACCCUUCUUUAGUGAAAAAUAAAAUGUUUUUUUUUUUUCAAAUUCAAGACAAAGUUAUAUGUUUUUGGUAACACUUUAGUAUGGGGAACAUAUUCUAAGUAACAAAGACGCAUACUUGCCAACCUUGAGACCUCCGAUUUCGGG